AUGAAAGAAGAAAGCAGAGUGAAGGGCAAAGGCAAGAGGGAUUUAAAGCAGGAGCAAAUGAUUCAUUAUAAGGCAAACCUAAGGAAAACAAAAGGUGGAGAUAACAUAGGGCUGACGAUAGUCAAGACCAAAAUUUGCAAAACAAAAUCUGGGAAGGAUGAAAACAAUGACAUACUUUUAAACAUUGAAAACAUAUAA